UAAGAGAGAUAAAGAUAGAGAAAAAUGUGAGGUAUCCAUGAAGGUGACAAUAUAAAAGGGAGGAAAGGGUGUCUGGUUUUCCCUUCUUUUAGAGAGAGAGAGAGAAAGAUCUAUAUAUAUAUUUACAGAGAGAGAAACAUAUAUGUAUAUAUAGGGAGAGAGAGAGAGAGAAUGGAAGAGAUGCAGCUAAACCAAGUAGCAGUAACACAUCUGCUUCAACAUACAUUAAGAAGCUUUUGCAGUCAUGAAAAUUCACAAUGGGUUUAUGCAGUUUUCUGGAGAAUUCUUCCAAGAAACUACCCUCCACCAAAAUGGGAUGGUGUAGGGGGAGCAUAUGACAGGUCUAGAGGCAACAGAAGAAAUUGGAUAUUGGUAUGGGAGGAUGGUUUUUGUAAUUUUGCAGCAUCAUCAACAAGUGGCAGAGAGUGUUCAGUUUACGGUGAUCAUGAAUACCAACAAUGUCAUGGGCUUCAACCCGAGCUCUUCUUCAAGAUGUCCCAUGAAAUUUACAACUACGGCGAAGGAUUGAUUGGAAAAGUAGCAGCAGACCACAGUCAUAAGUGGAUAUUCAAGGAGCCAAAUGAUCAAGAAAUCAAUUUCUUGUCUGCUUGGAAUAAUUCAGCUGACUCGCAUCCAAGGACAUGGGAAGCUCAGUUUCAGUCUGGUAUAAAGACCAUUGCUUUGAUUGCUGUUAGAGAAGGUGUCAUCCAACUAGGAUCCAUUCACAAGGCGAUUGAGGACUUGAACUAUGUGGUGCUACUAAGGAAGAAGUUCAGCUACAUCGAAAGCAUCCCCGGAGUCUUAUUACCACAUCCAUCAUCCUCAGCCUACCCAUUCAAAGCCGAAACAUCUGAAGCAGCAUGGCAUUAUCACGUACCACCACCCGAGUUCUGUCACCACUACAAUUACAACCAGGCUGCAGCAUUAAACAUAACUCCUUCCAUGAGCAGCCUUGAAGCUCUCCUCUCCAAACUCCCAUCAGUCGUGCCGGUUGCACCACCGGCCGGUCCACCAUAUUGUGAGCCAAGUAGACCCAUGGAGUUUUGGGCCGUAGAGGCAAAGGAGGAGGUUGAAGAGGAGGAUGUAAAGGAUGGUGGAGAGUGUAGCAGUUCUAUGACUUGUUAUAACAAUGAGCAAUAUGGUUAUCACCAUGACUUGAAUGUAAGCAGUUGCGGCAUGCGCAACAAUGGAUAUUAGUAGAAGAUUGUUUAAUAUAGCUAAUUACAAGUCAUGGUGCCAACUUUAACGAGUGUUUUGUUUUCUAUAUUAGUUUUGGUGUGUUUACUAAAUAAAUAAAUAAAUAGUGAUGAAGAUUUGUUGAUGUAAGUUUGAAAAAUGUAUGAAUGUAGCUAGCUUGCUAGUGGGAUGUUAACUGAUC